CAGUUGGUGACAGUGGAAAUUUUGUACUGCACACAAAAACAACAAUAUGUGAAAAAGUUAAAAUGAGUGUUUUAUUUGAGUCUCCUGAUGGUUUAGUUGUAUGUCACGCGAAAUAUCUAGAAACCAUUUAUAGUGUUGUUCAUAAGGAAAAUAAUGUGAUUAAGUUGAAACCCAACAAAGAUUUAUUUCUUGUGAAAACACCGUAUAUGAAAGACGCAGAAGCGAUCAGGAAGGUUAGGGUGUGUGACGACUCGUGUACCAAUUCCCAAACUAAAAAGAGAAAACAUGAUAAAGUCUGCUCCGAAAAAUUAUUAGAAUCAAAGGUUAUGCUCACUAAAAAUGGGUACAACAAGCUUUUAAAUGAAGCCCAACUUCACAACCAUUUUCUUUUUACUCCAUCUUUGACUGACAUUUGUGAGAACAAUAAACAAGCUCGCUUGUUAUCAGAAAAACUUUAUCGGGAAUCAUCUGAUUGGUUGUCAGCUCCUUUUAAUGGAGAAAAUAAUUCAGACGAUGCUUUACUGAAGAAGAUUGGUUCAGAGUACUUUGUCUUCCCCCCACACUCCAAUUUCUUUUGUCGUGAUGUCCUUGAUAUACAACAUCACCUUGAUUCACUUGGAAAAUUUGACUUAAUUCUCUUAGAUCCACCAUGGUGGAACAAAUAUAUUCGUCGCAAGAAGGCCAAAUGCCUCCAGGAAGGUUACAAGAUGAUGUACAAUAACUGUCUCACAGAGAUCCCAUUAGAUAAGCUGCUUGCUCAUGGUGGAAUAAUUGCUGUUUGGUGUACAAAUUCAAAACAAAAUUUAGAAGAGUUGAAAGAAAAAUUAUUACCAUUUUGGGGUGUCAAGCAGGUAGCUCAAUGGACAUGGAUGAAGGUAACACUCUCAGGGCAGCCAGUCUGUCCAUUCUCGGAACCCCCUGGAAAACAGCCCUUUGAACAAUUAAUAUUUGCAGUUCGUCCUGAUGAGGUGAAGUUAUUUCCUACACCUCCAGAUGGAAAAAUUUUUAUGAGUGUUCCCAGUUCAAUACAUUCCCACAAACCCCCUAUUUUUGAUAUGUUAAAACCAUAUCUACCAGCUGAAUCGAGAUGCCUGGAGAUAUUUGCCCGUUAUCUUCUUCCAAACUGGACAAGUUGGGGUCUUGAAGUGCUCAAACUUCAACAUGCUUCUCUCUAUGAUCAAGAUGAGAUACCAGCCAACUCAAGCUGAUACCUAUGAUGCCCUCCAUCCAGGUUUUCAUCUCAUUUCCUCUUCCUACCAUUUAAAUAUUUAACAACACUAUCAUACGGAUAAAUAUCAAUUAUUGUUGAACUUAUUCAAUUCAGUCUUAAUGUCCAUUUUCUGUGAUAUUUGUGAGAAUGCAAGGUGUAUGCCCAUUUUGCUUUAAGCUGUCUCCAUUUCUCUGUUGAUGUCCGUUUUGUUUAGCAUUUUCCAUCUCUCCAUUUCUUCUGGAAUUCUGUGUUAUAGAAUGUCCAUUAUUAGAUUUUCUUAUUGGCGAUCCA